CCUUCACAAAACCAAAACACUCUCUCUCUCCAUUUCAGACAUCUCUUUCUCUCCCUCUUCUCUGUCUCAUCACAAACCGAAAAAUGGGAGGAGUGUCCUUCCUCUCAACUGUUCCUUCCUUCACCAACACAACCAAUCAUCAACAUCUUACUACACUCUCUUCUUCUUCACAUCGCUCUGCUGUCAUACGAUGUUGCAAGAUUGAUCCUCAAGUUUCCAGCGAAAUUUUAUCUUUCCACCGCCGUGAUGUUCUCAAACUCGCCGGAACUGCGGUCGGAAUGGAAUUAAUAAGCAAUGGCUUCAUUAAUCAUGUGGGUGAUGCCAAAGCUGCUGACUUGAAUCAGCGUAGGCAGCGAUCUGAGCUUUUAUCAAAGAUCAAGCUUACGCUUUCGAGCACCAUUAAGGCUAAACCUGAGCUUGUACCUUCCAUACUCAAACUAGCACUUAAUGAUGCAAUGACUUAUGAUAAGGCUACAAAAUCCGGGGGAGCCAAUGGAUCCAUACGGUUAAGCUCUGAGUUAAGUAGAGCAGAGAAUGAGGGGCUUUCUGAUGGGUUGGGUUUGAUAGAGGAACUGAAGAAGGAGAUUGACUCUAUCUCAAAGGGUGGGCCUAUAUCAUAUGCAGAUCUCAUUCAACUGGCAGGACAAUCAGCGGUCAAGUCUACGUUUCUAGCAUCAGCAAUCCGCAAAUGUGGUGGAAAUGAAGAAAAAGGGAACUUACUCUACACAGCAUAUGGUUCAGCUGGUCAGUGGGGCUUGUUUGAUAGAAAUUUCGGAAGGACUGAUGCAACAGAGGCAGAUCCAGAAGGUAGAGUCCCACAGUGGGGAAAAGCAACUGUGCAAGAGAUGAAAGAUAAGUUCAUUGCCAUUGGAUUGGGUCCUCGUCAGCUAGCUGUAAUGUCUGCAUUCUUGGGUCCUGAUCAAGUCGCAACAGAACAGCUCUUGGCUACUGACCCGCAAGUUGCUCCAUGGGUUCAGAAGUACCAACGAAGCCGUGAAACCGUAUCUCAGACAGAUUACGAGGUUGAUCUGAUAACAGCAUUCACAAAGCUAAGUUGCUUAGGACAGCAAAUCAACUUCGAGGCAUACACAUAUCCCGUUGAACGGAUCAAUCUGAGCAAACUCAAGCUAUAAGCUAUGUACACUACACUAUAUGUAUAACCUGAGAGGAAACUUGAACUCAUUCCGCAAUUGAUUGCUGAAAUAAACCAAAGAUUUUUCUUGACA